CUGCGUCAUAAAAGUGGUUACUUCUUUGUUGUUGUUGGUUUCGCUUAGUAAUUGGUGUUGACAAUGACAGAAAAGCAAGACACUGAUAUUAAAAGUGCUGAGGUGCCUUUAUCUAAUCACAGUACACAAACUGAUGCAAAGAUGGCUGGUUUUCCACCUGCAUAUACCUGUACAAACCUGGUGGCUCCAGCUCCAGUAGAACGAAAAGGACAUUCUACAGCACCACCAAACUACCUACCUUUGGCUAUAUUUGCCACAGUGUGUUGUUUCAUGCCAACUGGUAUAUUUGCCAUUCUCAGAGCAUCUGAUGCUAACACUGCCUUUGCUCGUAACGAUAUGACGACUGCAUGGAAACAAGCCAAGCGAGCCAAGACCCUGUCCUAUAUCAGUAUUGGUAUUGGUUGUUGUUCUUUUCUGUUAGUUCUUAUAUUAUGUGCGGGUAUUUUAUCUCUCAUACCAUAUCUGUUCUCUGAAUACCAAUCCAUCAUCAAUACUGAAUACCAAUCCAUCUUCAAUACCACAACCAGUGUGUACUGA